AGCGCUGCUACUGUCUCUUUAAGGCUUGACGCCGCUUCCUUCAGCGCCCUGCCGCAGACUCGCCACCAGCCUCGCCUCUCCUGACAAACAGGACCUGACUGGACCGGGACCGGGCCGGAUCGGAUCGGACCGAGCGCCAUGACGGAAACCAGCAAGACGCACGUGAUCCUGCUGUCCUGCGGCAGCUUCAACCCGAUCACCAAGGGACACAUCCACAUGUUCGAAAAAGCCAGAGAAUAUCUGCACAAAACGGGACGAUUCAUCGUGAUCGGAGGAAUCAUCUCACCGGUUCACGACUCCUAUGGGAAACCAGGUUUGGUGUCGAGCCGCCAUCGCCUCACCAUGUGCCAGCUGGCCGUCCAGAACUCGGACUGGAUCAGGGUGGACCCCUGGGAGUGUUACCAGGACACCUGGCAGACCACCUGCAGCGUGUUGGAGCACCACCGCGACCUCAUGAAGAGAGUCACUGGCUGCAUCCUGUCCAACGUCAACACGCCCUCCACCACUCCUGUGAUUGGUCAGCCACAGAACCAGACUCCGCCCAUCUACCAGGACCACAACAUCAUGAACCACAAACCCACUGCCAUCAAAGUUUGGGGGAAGGUCAGUGAGAGUUUGGGUAAAAUCUGCUGCGUCCGACCCAACAUGGAGCGCUUCACGUUUGUUGAUGAAAACGCCAACCUGGGGACGGCGAUGAGGUACGAGGAGAUCGAGUUGCGCAUCUUGCUCCUGUGUGGCAGUGAUCUCCUGGAGUCCUUCUGCAUCCCUGGCCUGUGGAAGGACAGUGAUAUGGAGGUGAUUGUUGGUGAUUUUGGGAUCGUAGUUGUCCCUCGUGACGGCGUCGACACGGAGAGGAUCAUGAAUCAUUCUUCCAUCCUCCGCAAGUACAAGGACAACAUCGUCGUGGUGAAGGACGCGACCGACCACCCCAUGUCCAUCGUCAGCUCCACCAAGAGCAGACUGGCCCUGCAGCAUGGAGACGGACACGUCGUCGACUACCUGAGUCAGCCUGUCAUCGACUACAUCCUGCAGAGCCAGCUGUACAUCAACGCCUCGGGAUAGAGCUGCUGACCCGCCUGCAUGACAUCCAGGACCGUCAAUAUGGAGGCCGAGGUGGGGGGGUGAUGCUAACGCUACCAUCUACAUAAACACACACCCCCUCACCACCCGCCACAGAAAACUGAAACCCGUCUGUCUUCUGUGUAAACAUUUACUCUUUGAGCUCCAACAGGAGCUUUAGUGUCCCUCCGUCUGUGUCAUGUGACUUUAC